AGAACUGAACGUCUCGAGCGAUGGAUUCGGAUCUCUACGAUGAGUUUGGUAACUAUAUCGGUCCAGAGCUAGACUCUGACGAUGAUGCCGGAGAUAUUGAUGACAAUGGUGAUGAUGAAGAUCGUAGCGAUGUGGAUGAGGAUGAUGAACCAGACAGAAUGGAAGAAGAUGACGCAGAAGAAAUUCCCCAGAAUCAAGUUGUUCUUCAUGAAGAUAAAAAGUACUAUGCUACAGCUCUCGAAGUAUACGGGGAAGGUGUAGAAACCUUGGUCCAAGAGGAAGACGCUCAGCCACUCACUGAACCAAUUGUCAAACCAGUAUCCAAGAAGAAGUUUCAAGCCGCUGAGCGUUUUCUCCCGGAAACUGUCUACAAGAAAGAAUAUUUAGCUGAUUUAAUGGACUGCCCUCAUAUCAUGAGAAAUGUUGCAAUCGCUGGUCAUCUUCAUCACGGAAAGACGACUUUCUUGGAUUGUCUUAUGGAACAAACUCAUCCAGAGUUCUACAGAGCUGAAGACGCAGAUGCUCGAUUUACUGAUAUCUUGUUCAUUGAGAAGCAGAGAGGAUGCUCGAUUAAAUCUCAGCCAGUGAGCAUUGUGGCUCAGGAUAGUCGAAGCAAAAGCUAUUUGCUCAAUAUAAUUGAUACUCCAGGUCACGUGAACUUUUCGGACGAAAUGACUGCUUCAUACCGUCUUGCUGAUGGAGUUGUUGUGAUGGUUGAUGCUCAUGAAGGUGUUAUGAUGAACACUGAACGAGCAAUUCGCCACGCGAUUCAAGAGAGGCUUGCAGUAACAUUGUGCAUUUCGAAGAUCGACCGCUUGCUUCUUGAGUUGAAGCUUCCACCAGCAGAUGCUUACUUCAAACUCCGUCUUAUCAUUGAUCAAGUCAAUAAUAUAUUGAGCACUUUUGCCGAAGAAGACGUUCCAGUACUCUCUCCACUUAACGGCAACGUUAUUUUUUCAUCGGGACGAUACAAUGUCUGCUUUUCUCUAUUGUCUUUUUCGAAUAUCUAUGCGAAACAACAUGGUGACUCCUUCAACUCAAAGGAGUUUGCUCGCCGUCUCUGGGGAGAUAUUUACUUCGAGAAGAAAACUCGCAAAUUCGUAAAGAAGUCGCCGUCCCAUGAUGCUCCACGUACAUUUGUGCAGUUCAUUCUCGAGCCAAUGUACAAGAUCUUUUCGCAAGUCGUCGGAGAUGUCGAUACUUGCCUUCCUGAUGUGAUGGCUGAGUUGGGAAUUCGUUUGUCAAAAGAAGAACAGAAAAUGAAUGUCCGUCCAUUGAUUGCUCUCAUCUGUAAACGCUUCUUUGGAGAUUUCAGUGCAUUUGUUGAUUUGGUGGUUCAAAAUAUCAAAUCACCACUUGAAAAUGCGAAAACUAAAAUCGAGCAGACAUAUCUUGGACCAGCUGAUUCCCAAUUGGCUCAAGAAAUGCAGAAAUGUAAUGCUGAAGGACCAUUGAUGGUUCAUACAACAAAGAAUUAUCCCGUAGAUGAUGCAACUCAGUUCCAUGUAUUUGGACGUGUUAUGAGCGGAACAUUGGAAGCAAAUACAGACGUCCGUGUACUUGGAGAGAACUACAGUAUUCAAGAUGAAGAAGAUUGCCGAAGAAUGACAGUUGGAAGACUAUUUGUGCGUGUUGCCAGUUAUCAGAUUGAAGUUUCUCGUGUUCCUGCAGGUUGCUGGGUACUUAUUGAAGGAAUUGAUCAGCCAAUUGUUAAAACUGCAACCAUUGCUGAGUUGGGAUACGAGGAAGAUGUCUACAUUUUCCGUCCUCUCAAAUUCAACACUCGCAGUUGCGUGAAACUUGCCGUAGAGCCGAUUAAUCCAUCCGAACUCCCGAAAAUGUUGGAUGGCUUGAGAAAAGUCAACAAGUCAUAUCCGUUGCUGACGACUAGAGUUGAAGAAUCCGGAGAGCACGUGUUGCUCGGAACUGGAGAAUUUUAUAUGGACUGUGUGAUGCACGACAUGCGAAAGGUGUUCUCAGAGAUUGAUAUCAAAGUUGCUGAUCCAGUUGUCACAUUCAACGAGACUGUCAUCGAAACGAGUACGCUGAAAUGUUUUGCAGAGACUCCCAACAAAAAAAAUAAAAUCACAAUGAUGGCUGAACCUCUAGAAAAACAGUUGGAUGAGGACAUCGAAAAUGAAGUUGUUCAAAUCGGAUGGAAUAGACGGCGUCUUGGAGAGUUCUUCCAGACCAAGUACAACUGGGAUCUUUUGGCAGCUCGUUCAAUUUGGGCAUUUGGCCCUGAUACUACAGGACCCAACAUUCUUCUAGAUGACACAUUGCCAUCGGAAGUUGACAAACACUUGCUAUCAACUGUCAGAGAAUCUCUUGUUCAAGGAUUCCAAUGGGCAACCAGAGAAGGCCCAUUGUGUGAGGAACCAAUUCGUCAAGUGAAGUUCAAACUUCUCGAUGCCGCAAUCGCCACAGAACCACUUUAUCGAGGUGGAGGUCAGAUGAUCCCAACUGCACGCCGAUGUGCCUAUUCUGCAUUCCUUAUGGCCACGCCAAGAUUAAUGGAGCCAUACUAUACAGUGGAAGUUGUUGCACCAGCUGAUUGUGUAGCUGCUGUAUAUACAGUGUUAGCUAAACGACGUGGUCACGUCACCACUGAUGCACCAAUGCCAGGAUCACCUAUGUACACUAUCAGCGCGUACAUUCCAGUAAUGGACUCGUUCGGAUUCGAAACUGAUCUUCGAAUUCACACACAGGGACAAGCAUUCUGUAUGUCUGCUUUCCAUCAUUGGCAACUCGUACCAGGAGAUCCACUCGAUAAAUCCAUUGUUAUCAAGACUCUCGACGUCCAGCCAACUCCACAUCUCGCCAGAGAGUUCAUGAUCAAGACCAGAAGACGCAAGGGUUUGUCUGAAGAUGUCUCCGUUAACAAGUUCUUCGAUGAUCCGAUGCUUCUCGAACUUGCAAAGCAGCAAGAUUAUACUGGAUUCUAAAUUGCGAUUUCCUAACUUAUUUUCUCAUUGUUUCACACUUUUUAUCUUUCAGUGUUCUUUCCCGUUUCAUUGAGUUGUUUGAUCACAAUAGUAAAAUGAAAAUUCUUGUUUAUCU